AUGCGCUCGCGGGCGGCUUGGCCGGCCGCCAGGGCGCUCUGCUGCGGGGGCCGCCCGGCGGCGCGCAGCGCGGCGGCUGCGAGCUCGAGCCGCGCGGGAGAGCAGCAGGAUCACGAGCGGACAAAGAGCACUGGGGCGAUCGCGGGCGAAGACCUGGAGGUUGCCCUGCGGUCACUCGGGUUGGACGCGUCCAGAAGCGAGGCGCUGGGCCUGCUUAAGGAUGCGCGGGUCAGCGCCAACGCCUUCGCGUCCAUCGUUGCCAACGAGUUCCCCCCCUGCGCUGGCGCGGAAGGGAGCGGUGCCGCGUUCGGUCUUUUCGCCCCCGGUGCGACGGGUCUCAUAACGGCUCCCGACCUCCGCGUCGUGGUCAACCACCUGGGCGACAGGCUCUCGGCGGAGGUCCUCGACGAGAUCUCGCGCCUGGCCGAGGAGGAGGCGCGCCGGCGGCGGCUGGAGCCCGCCGCGUGGCCGCCGCAUGAGUGGGGGGGCGCGACGGGCGCGGUGCUGGAGCAGGCGCUGGACAGCACCAGCGUAACUCAGGGAGUGGACCUGCCGGCGCACAUGCUCGAGGAGGGCGAUCGGACAUCACACGGACUCAUACCCAGUGUCGGAGGGAGGAGGACUGGAUAUGGGUAUGGGUGCGGGCUGUCGGACCCCAAGGGGGGCAUCCCGUUCGAGCGGGGACCCCCGUCCGACAACACACAUCCAUAG